AUGCCUGCGGCGCGGAAGCCGAUGCGGUACGGCCACACCGAGGGCCACACGGACGUCUGCUUCGACGACGCGGGGAGCUGCAUUGUGACUUGUGGCAGUGAUGGAGAUGUUAGGAUUUGGGAAAACCUGGAUGAUGACGAUCCGAAGUCCAUUAAUGUGGGAGAAAAGGCCUAUUCGUGUGCUCUGAAGAAUGGAAGACUGAUCACAGCAGUAUCAAACAACACUGUGCAGAUACACACAUUUCCUGAAGGAGCUCCAGAUGGCAUCCUUACUCGUUUCACCAUGAAUGCAAACCACGUCAUCUUUAAUAGCAAUGGUACCAAAAUUGCUGCUGGAUCUAGUGACUUUAUGGUCAAGGUUGUGGAGGUGACUGAUAGCAGCAAGCAGAAAACAUUCCGAGGACACAGUGCUCCCGUUUUAAGCCUGUCUUUUGACCCUAGGGAUGUUUACCUGGCAUCGGCGAGCUGUGAUGGUUCUGUCAGAGUAUGGAAAAUCGCAGAUCAGACAUGCACGACAAGCUGGCCGCUGCUGCAGAAAUGUAAUGACGUGAUAAAUGCUAAAUCAAUAUGCAGGCUUGGCUGGCAACCUGGCAGUGGGAAGUUGCUGGCAAUUCCUGUAGAUAAAGUUGUUAAACUCUACAGAAGAGAAACGUGGGAUAGUCAGUCUGACCUAUCAGAUACGUUCAUCACACAGGCCUUGAAUGUUGUGGCCUGGUCACCAUGUGGGCAGUAUCUGGCAGCUGGAAGUGUGGAUGGGUGUAUAGUGGUGUGGAAUGCGGAAACCCAGGAAUGCAUGGAGAGGAUGAAACAUGAGAAGAAUUACUCAGUUUGUGGACUGGCAUGGCACCCCAAAUAUAGGCAAAUUGCUUAUACAGAUACUGAAGGAAAUCUGGGGUUGUUGGAAAAUAUUGGUGAUGGAAAGAAACCAAAUGACAAGGUUGCCAGUACAGUGGCAAAAGACUACAAUGAUCUCUUUGAUGGAGAAGACGAUGACUAUUUAAAUGAAGAUAUGAUUGAACCACAGUCUUCCCCAAAGGCUGGAGCUAGUGAAGAUGAUGGUGAUGGUGAUGACAUUGUGCCAACUUCAGGCUAUCCGAGACGGGCAAUAAUUGAUGAUGAUGAUAACUCACUAGAUAUUGGGAUGAUAAAAGCUAGUUCCAGUCUUCUUGAAAAGGAAGAUGAUGAUGAUGAUCAGACUGGUGGCGUUCCAGCUUUACCAUCAUCUAUACAGCAGCCUCUCUAUGAUGGGCCAAUGCCAACCCCCAGGCAAAAGCCAUUCCAGUCUGGCUCCACUCCUGUACAUCUCAUGCAUCGUUUCAUGGUAUGGAAUUCUGUUGGCAUCAUUCGCUGUUACAAUGAUGAGCAAGACAACGCUAUAGAUAUAGAAUUUCAUGACACCUCCAUACAUCACGCAACACACCUGCCAAACUCUCUGAAUCACACGAUGGCUGACCUCUCUACCGAAGCUGUUUUACUAGCCUGUGAGAGUACGGAGGAACUUGCAAGCAAGCUCCACUGCGUCCAUUUUAGUUCAUGGGAUGCAAACAAGGAGUGGACAGUAGAUAUGCCGAAGGAUGAAGACGUUGAGGCAAUCUGCCUGGGUCAAGGCUGGGCUGCCUGUGCUACUAGUGCCUUGCUAGUUCGUGUGUUUACGGUUGGAGGAGUUCAGAGAGAGAUCUUCAGUCUCCCAGGUCCAGUGGUGUCCAUGGCAGGACAUGGAGAACAGCUGAUGAUCAUUUAUCACAGAGGUACUGGUUUUGAUGGGGAUCAGUGCCUCGGAGUACAGCUGAUGGAGCUAGGGAAAAAGAAAAAACAAAUUUUGCAAGGAGACCCUCUUUCUCUGACAAAGAGAUCCUAUUUGGUAUGGGUUGGAUUCUCGGCAGAAGGUACCCCUUGUUACGUGGAUUCUGAGGGAAUUGUGCGGAUGUUGAACCGAGGACUUGGGAAUACUUGGAUUCCAGUGUGUAACAUGAGAGAGCAUUGCAAAGGAAAAUCUGAUCAUUACUGGGUAGUGGGCAUCCAUGAAAAUCCCCAGCAGCUCAGGUGUAUUCCUUGUAAAGGAGCUCGAUUCCCUCCUACGCUCCCACGGCCUGCUGUAGCAAUAUUAUCUUUUAAACUUCCUUACUGUCAAGUUACAACAGAAAAGGGACAGAUGGAGGAACAGUACUGGCGUUCUGUUGUAUUUCACAACCAUGUGGAUUACUUAUCCAAAAAUGGCUAUGAACUUGAUGAAAAUGCUAAAAGUCAGUCAGUGAAAGAACAGCAAGAGCUUUUAAUGAAGCUGUUUGCCCUUUCUUGUAAAUUGGAGCGUGAAUUUCGUUGUGUGGAACUUGCUGACCUCAUGACACAAAACGUUGUGAAUUUAGCUGUCAAGUACGCUUCUCGCUCUCGAAGGCUAAAUUUAGCUCAGCGACUUAGUGAAAUGGCUGUCGAGAAAGCAAGUGAGUUGGCAACAGGAGCGGAAGAUGAAGAGGAGGAAGAGGAUUUCCAAAAGCAUUUGAAUGCUGGUUAUAGCAGCUCUGCCACGGAAUGGAGUCGGCUGCCGGUCAGAAAUGUUCGGCAGAACCAAGAAAUGGAAGAUGCUGAGGAAACUGAUGCCUGCGAGGAAGCAGAGGCAACACCAGAAGUGCAUAAACAGAGGCCAAACCCUUUCUCCAAAGGUGUCACUUCAGCAGAGGUGGCUACUCCGAAGUCUGCUGUAAUUGCAUCAAGCAGCCAAGGACGAGUGAAUCCCUUUAAGGUGUCAUCUAACAAAAAGGACCCAGUGGUCCCCUCAGCAAAUGUUCUGGACACUAUGAGCAAAUACUCCAAGAAAACUUCUUUGUCUAGCAGUCGAGCUGUGAACAAGCAGAACCCUGCAGUUAUAAAGCCUCUGAUUCCCAAACCCAAGACCAAGCAGGCUUUAGCAGCCUCCUUCUUCCAGGUUCGUACACCUAACUCUAGUGAAAAAACAGUGGAAGAAAGAGAAGAAAAAGCAGGAAAUGAGUCCCAUGAAGUCAAAGUCACUGCACAGGAGAACACAGAAAACAGAAGACCAAAGACAGGAUUCCAGAUGUGGCUCGAAGAGAACAGAGCAAACAUUUUGACGGAUAAUCCUGAUCUGAACGAAGCAGAAGUAAUAAAAGAAGGUAUGAGUCGAUUUAGAAUGCUGUCGUCAGAAGAAAGAAUGGCGUGGACUGAGAAGGCAAAAGCAGGAACAGCUAAUGAUUUAACAGAAGACAAAAAACGAAAGCGUCCCACAGGUGAUGAAGAUGAAGCGAAAAAGAAUCAGGAGCAAAAAUCGGAGGACUCCAGUUUAUCCAAAAAACCAAAGCCUUUGGAUCAAUCUACAAAUGUCAGAUUGUCAGCUUUCGCGUUCAAGCAAAGCUAA